UGCUGAAAAGUCAAUUAAAUAUCGUCAUCUAUAACCUUUUAAAAAGUAACCUAACAUGUCAAAUAACUGGAAUAAUGAGGCGGACACUUUACUGUACAAAGACUUAUUUCGUUCCAACAGUCAUUUGCAUUUUUUUCCUGGGUAUUUACAGAAUCGAUAUCAAACUAUUCCAAAAUUACAAGUCAUAUUCAUCAAUUCAGAUGUCGGAUCAUGCUGAUCACACGCUAUGUGGUAAUGGAGACGAAUUGACAUUAGUCACAGCUUAUUUUAACAUAGGUUCAUUCCAUAAAACUUCAAAUCUAAUUUUUUCUGCAAGCACAUAUUAUAAUUGGAUGAAAAAUUUUCAGUUUGUGAAUAAUUGUGUUAUACUUUACACGGAUGACCUUGCUUUAUCAGUGCAGUUCAAAUCAUAUCGUAGGUAUUUCCCAAUCCAGAGGACUAAAGUAUUCAUUCUGAAUCAAGAAAGUCUUUGGGCUUUUCGUUUGCAACCAACAAUCAAAGAAAUUUACCACCAAAAAGGAUACCCAACCCCGGGUAUACCCGCUUAUUCAUCUGCAAUGCAUGCUAAGUAUGAAUUGAUCGGAAAAGUAAUAACAGAAAAAAUACACACGACGACUUUUCUUGCAUGGAUUGAUAUAGGCUAUUUCAGAAACCAUAUAUCUGACUGCUUUGAAAUGAAACCGCCCAAAAGUAUGAGAGAUGAUCAUAUUUCAUUUUCGCAAGUCGAUUUGUUUAAUCCAAAUCUUACUCUAAAGGAAAUAAUGUAUCAACAUAAAUUGUUUGUAGCUGGUGGAUUUUUUAUUGGAAAACCGGAUUAUCUGUAUUUGUUUAUCAAGGAUUAUAAAAUAGCAGUGAAAAAUUUGCUGAAAUUGAAACUGAUGAACUCUGAUCAGCAAAUAUUGUAUGCAAUGUACUCAUCAAAACUAUUUUUUCUGCCAAAGAUACAAAUUCAAACUUUCUUUGACGAGACACGUUUGAGAAAAAGAUGUUCUGAUCGAUGGUUUUAUUUGGGACAACUCUGUCGUUUGUCAAUAAAACAGAAUGCAAGUGAAAACAAAUGCAUUCCUAAUUAAAUGUUAAUAUAGUCGCUAUUUUUAUAUAUUAAUUUAAGGAUAUUAGGCAUGAUUGCAAAUGAGACAAUCGUCCACCAGAGAAUAAAUCUCGAUCAUUAAGAACAAAUAAAUUGGAGGUAUUUUUAUUGAUGUUCAAAUAAAAAAAAAAAUGAAUUAUACGCAAUAAAAAAAAUUAAGGUAAUAAUUAAACAAAACAGGAGGAAACUGCCUUAGUUCAAAACGAUUAAUGGUUACAAUACUACUCAACCAGAUGUGUGUCCCUAAUUGUAAUACUCGAGGCCAAAAUAUUUGAAAGUCCAAAUAAUGCUACAUACAUUAAAAAGCUGAUAGACAACAAAGGACUAGAAGUAAAGUAAGACCAGAACAGGAGAUCAUAGUUUAGCCUGAGGGAGAUGCAGAGACGGAAAAGAAGCUAUGACAGGUUCCUGACCUGGGACAGGUACAUAAAGUAUGUUGCGAGGUAAAACAUGUUUGUGAGUGCUUAACCCUCCCUCAAACCCGAGACAGUGGUGUUACAGCACAACAUAUGAACAAACUAUAAAAAUCAGUUGAUAAUGGCUUAACUCAUCAAAUCGAUACAAAGCAGAAAAACAACUCACA